AUGGAUGUACUCCCAAUGUGCAGCAUCUUCCAGGAACUCCAGAUUGUGCAUGAAACGGGUUACUUCUCAGCUUUACCAUCCCUGGAAGAAUAUUGGCAACAGACUUGCCUAGAAUUGGAACGUUACCUCCAGAGUGAACCCUGUUAUGUGUCAGCAUCAGAAAUCAAAUUUGACAGCCAGGAAGAUCUGUGGACCAAAAUCAUUCUGGCUCGGGAGAAAAAGGAGGAAUCUGAACUGAAGAUUUCUUCCAGUCCUCAAGAGGACACUCUAAUCAGCCCGAGUUUUAGUUACAAUUUAGAGACCAACAGCUUAAAUUCGGAUCUGAGCAGUGAAUCAUCUGACAGCUCCGAGGAACUUUCACCUACUACUAAAUUUACCUCUGAUCCAAUAGGCGAAGUUUUAGUCAAUUCAGGAAAUCUGAGCUCCUCUGUCACUUCCACUCCUCCUUCUUCUCCAGAACUGAGCAGAGAACCUUCUCAACUGUGGAAUUGUAUACCCGGGGAAUUACAUUCACCGGGUAAAAUCCGUAGUGGGACUGUGGGAAAGCCUGGUGACAAGGGUAGUGGUGACGCCUCCCCAGAUGGCAGGAGAAGAGUCCAUCGGUGCCACUUCAAUGGCUGCAGAAAAGUUUACACCAAAAGCUCCCAUUUGAAAGCACAUCAGCGUACUCAUACAGGUGUUUUUCCAGGUCUGAUCACCUGGCCCUUCACAUGAAGAGACACCUCUGAGUGAGCAGAGAGGUGAAUCCUGUGGGCUAAAAGGCGUCAAGGCUGAGACCCAGCCUUGGAAGGAGGGAUGCGUGUUCCAGCCAAAGCAUGCCAUUUUGCACCCUACCCAGUUGCCUCCAGGACCUCUACUUGGAAGGUCUUUUGAGGGCUAAAAAAGUCAUGUAAGAAGCGGCAUAGCAACCAUGGUGCAUGAUGUUUGGGUGAUCCUGGACUCGUCACUGGUACCUAACCUUCUGAGUGGCUCCUAAGCCUUUGCCGUGAGCAUGUGCACUGAGAAUGUUAAUGGGUGGGUUGACUGUAUGUUGAGGAUCUAUUACUGACUGUAUGAUGAGGCCGACUUUUUUCCUUGUGAUAUCGGCACUGCUAGAGAGAGAAAAAAAGGAGUUUGAAUGUCUUGUGUGUAAGGAGUAUACCAUGAGAUGAAAUGACCACCAAUCAUUUCCUGGGGGGGUAUCUGCACCUUAGAAAUAAAACAAAAAAAAAAGAAGGAAAAAUAUGGAGGGCGGGGGUGGGCAGUCAAGACCCCUGAGUGGUGAGUGGGUGUGGGGAGGGGGAGCCCUUCUCCAGUGUGAGAGGAGCUUUUGGUGUCUGGUGCAGCUAUUGAACGUGCAAUGUGUCAAGUAGCUUGUUUUACUUGCUACAGAGCUCAUCUGUAAUCCAUUGUAUAAGCUGUGUAUUUACAGAUAUAACACAAUUAUAACUUUUCCUUAUAAUACAAAAGUAAUGCAUGGUUCCGGGGAACUCUAUGCUUUUCCAUUUUUGAAUCAGGACUGCAAUUUUGAUUCCAGUUAAUGAGCAGCUAAGAUAACAAUUUGUCUAAUAUGGUGAUUCCUAGCCAUCUUGGCCUGGCAUUACACAAUUUUUCCCCCUUCGAUUUUAUAACACUGCCCUUUUAGAAAGGUGUUGUGCAGCCUAGAAUUAUUUUUUAAAUGAUUGUGUAUUUGAAUUACCUUUUUGGAGAAUUUUGUGAUGCCCUUUGAAGAAAUUGGACACAUGUUGGGGUGUCAAAAAGCCAGGGUUGGGAAUUGCUGGUCUAAUGUUACAUUAGAUGAAGAACCUAAAAUUUUUCUCAGUUGGGUGGAAGAAACCACUAAAGCUUAGAAACUGUUUUUCUCAUGCAGCUAAGUUUCUCUUAUUUAUGCCUUGAGGACUAAUUUCUGGUUUUCUAGCUGUUAAUGCACUGUUGACCUUAAUAAUGGUGCCUUAUGCAAGUGACCCCUUAUAUGGGGGGGUCUCAUACAGGGGUAUGGGUGAUGCAUGCUUUAUUAAGGCUCUUUUUUCACCUGGCAUUGUACUGUAUCAAUGUAUAAUACAGAAAAAAAAAAAUCUCUUUACAGUCCUCCUUCACAAAGACGAAUAGAGAGGUGAAAACUCCCUUAACAUGUCACUAUUUGUUUAAUAGUUUAGACAACUUGACUGUCAGUGUUAAAAUGGAAAACACAUCAUAAUGGAAAAGCCUGACCAACUCUGCCACCGUGAGACUGUCAUAUAGACCUUGCACAACAAUUGUAUAGAUAACACACCUGGCUGUAUUUAAUAUGUAACAUUUUCACACAUAUUAAAGAUACAGAAAUAUAAAAAAAUAAUGUAUUUGCUUCAAAGGCACAAGUUUCACAUAUCUAUCUAGCUAUCUCUUGGUAAUACAGAAAGUAUACUACUUUUUUUAAAAAGUGGGUGGAAUUCUUGUGUAUGUAUAUUUGUGUGUAUAGUAUGUGUAUGUGUGUAUAUAUAUAAAUAUAUAUAUAUAUAGAUAAUAUAUAAAUAUUUUUUUUAAGGAGAAACUAGAAUGUUUAGCUAGAAAAUUCCACAGCCUGUGAAGAAAUAUUUCGAAAUGGCCAUAAAGGAGGUUAAAAUGAAAACUAUAAUUUUUAUAGAGGUUUUACCUUUAAUUUAAUGAUUUGCUAAAGACGUUCUUGGCUUUGAAUCUAUUCCAGACUAUUGACUUUGGUGCUGUCAUCAGGGACAUGUCUGGAAUAAGGUACCUUGAGUCAUUUAAAAAAAAAAAAAGCAGAAUACCGGCACACUGGUUGGACUCAAACACACUAGUUGGUUUUGAUUUUGAAUUUCAGCCUUAUUAGAAGAUCUAAUAACAGAAAGCUAAUUACAGGGAUUCUUUUUUAGAACACUUUUUAUGCAGAUGAAGCUAUUUUUUUGCAGCAUGUAGAGUCUCCCAGUUUUUCAAACAAAUAAUUUCCCCAAAUUGGCAUCCCACAGCAUGGGCAGCUGAUAUUUCAUCCAGCUGUUGGCUUGUGGGUGUGGAUCUUUUCUUUAUAUAUA